AUGGGAAAAAGUUUGAAAGAUAUAGAUGGAAUGCCCCUGCCUAAUCCAUCUUUGAUAAGAGACUCGGGAAAUAGAUUGGUUAAUGAAGAGCUUGAUUAUGACCGAGAUCAAUUAAAGAUAUUGCAUGAGAAAUCAUUUGCUGCUCUAAAUCCUUGCCAAAAAUCAGCUUAUAAAGCAAUAAUACAUUCAGUAAAGAAUGAACAAGGCAUAGCUGCUUUGUUAUUGCCUAAUGGUAGGACAGCUCAUUCACGAUUUCAUAUUCCCUUGAAUGUUACAACAGAGUCGACUUGUGAAAUUCGACAAGGCACCCUACUAGCUGGACUUCUUAUGAAAACUUCUUUGAUCAUUUGGGAUGAAGCACCUAUGGCAAAUAAGUUCUGCUUUGAAGCUUUGGAUAAGACCUUAAGAGAUAUUCUAAGAACAAGGUUUGAAAAUAGCUCUAACAAACCUUUUGGAGGACUUACAAUAGUGUGUGGUGGUGAUUUCCGACAAAUAUUACCAGUUGUCCCAAAAGGUACAAGAGCUGAUAUUGUUGAUGCUUCUCUUAACUCAUCAUAUUUGUGGCCAUUUUUCAAAAAAAUAUAUGAGCUCAACCAAAAUAUGAGGCUAUAUAAUAGAAGCUUGACUGGUUUUGAGGCUGGUAAAAUAGCUUCUUUUGACAAAUGGAUGUUGCAGAUUGGAGAUGGUUCAUUAUAUGAUGACAUUGAUAGACAAUUAAUUAAGCUUCCUUCUGAUAUCGCCAUAAAUUCAUCUCAAGAUCCAAUGAAAUCCAUAAUUAAAGUUAUCUACCCAUCACUUUUACAAAAGUACAACGAUCCUACAUAUUUGACAGAAAGAGCAAUAUUAACACCAAAAAAUGAAAUGAUCUAUGAACUAAAUGAGAUGAUUAUGAAUAUUAUACCAGGUGAAGGGAGAACAUAUUUUAGCUCAGACAGUAUAUGCAAAGCAAGUGUAAAGACAAAUGAUGAAGAUCUUUUGUAUCCAGCUGAAUUUUUGCAUGGUUUGAAAUUUAAUGGCAUCCCUAAUCAUGAGAUGCGACUUAAGGAAGGUGCUCCUGUAAUGCUCCUUAGAAAUCUAAAUCAAACAGAAGGCCUAUGCAAUGGCACAAGAUUGAUUAUCAGGCAUCUUGGUAAAUGGUCCAUUAGAGGCGACAUCAUUUCUGGAACAAAUAUUGGUGAAAAUGUCACAAUUCCAAGAAUUAUCAUGUCUCCCAAUGAAUCAAGAUGGCCAUUCAAGCUUAAUAGACGACAACUUCCCUUGGCACCAUGUUUUGCCAUGACAAUCAACAAAAGCCAAGGACAAUCUCUUAAACAUGUUGGCUUGUACCUCCCUAAGCAAGUAUUCACCCACGGUCAAUUAUAUGUUGCUGUGUCCCGAGUUACCACCAGAGAAGGAUUGAUCAUACUAAAUGCUGAUGAUGAGGUGGGAGACCCAAACUUAAUAAAAAAUAUUGUUUACAAAGAAGUAUUUCAAAAUACCCACUCAUAA